AUGGAGCAUCUCACAGAAGACACCGACUUCCAAGACGAAGACGACUGCUGGACCCCUCUCCAAAUCGCCGCCCGUGAAGGCGAUCUCCCCGCCGUCGACGCAGCACUCGCCUCAGGAGCAGACGUCAACGCCCCGCCGCGGGGCUACUACGGCCGGACAGCCCUCCAAGCCGCCUGCGAAGCCUCCCACGGCGCGGUGGUCUCGGCGCUCCUCGCAGCCGGCGCGGAAGUCAACGACACGCCCGGCAACAACGGCGCCAAGAACGCGCUGCAGAUCGCGGCAGGGAAGCCGGACCUGGCCAUCGUCAAACUCCUGCUAUCCCACGGCGCCGAGGUCAAUGUCCCCGCGUCGCGGUACUUUGGCAUGACUGCGCUACAGAGCGCCUGUGCCGCGGGGCUAGACGACACCGUCGCGCUGCUGCUGGAUCACGGCGCGGACGUGAACGCGCCGCCGGCGUCGACGGCAGGUCGAACGGCGCUCCAGGCAGCGUGCGAGGGCGGUUUCGAGGAGAUGGCGGCGAUGCUGAUUCAGCGGCGGGGGGCAGAGGUGAACGCGCCGGCGUGUCGGAAUCGAGGGUUCACGGCGCUGCAGGCGGCGAGCUACGGCGGGUGGGCGGGGCUUGUCGAGCUGCUCCUUACGGCGGGGCCAGCUGCAGGCGUUGCAGGUGCGGGGGCGGAUGUCAACGCCGAAGGGAGCAGGUUCAAGGGGGGAAGGGCGCUGCAUGCUGCUGCUGAGGGGGGCCACGUGCGGGUGUGCGAGACGCUGCUGGGCGCCGGGGCCGAGAUCGAGGCUGGGGCUGGAUGGGGGGGUAGUGGUAGUGGUAGGGGAGGGCAGACUGCGUUGCAGUGCGCUGCUGCAAGGGGGCAUGAUGAGGUUGUAAGGUUGUUACGGAGCAGGGGGGCGACGGGAUUGGAAGGUGGAGGGGUGACUUUGUUUGGUUGA